UAAUAUAACAGCAAUGCACUGCAUAAGUGUAGUAAUAUUUCAAAACUCCGGAGGAUCUGCGCACUGUACAGUCCAGGUUUACCGAGCGACACAUGCACAUCUGCACAGCCCUGCGGCUACAAUGAACGAUAUAAGCGCACAUCGCUCUUUAACUGUAGCUUGUAAAGUCUGAUGUCAAGCUGUGUGCAGACUCAUGAUUCAUGCAAGACGGUUUAAGAAAGUGUCAUCUGUCUCUUCUCUUGGGAACGAUUCAAGGAACUGCGACUCACUGUUACUGACAGAACGCAAAAGCUGAUAUUUUUUUUUUUUUGGAGAUCAGGCGAUGGUGCAGAAAUUGGAGAUGAAUCAUGGCAGGGAUGACAGGAAAUGAAGGAACUCACAAAUUGGCCGGUGGGACCCAGAGACCAGGUUUACAGCUGAAGCAGGACAUGGACCAGAGAGGCAUAGUAAUCCAACUGACGGACACUGAGGGUGAAUGGGACAAUCUUGAUGACACUGACCUCAUAUUCACCUUGGACUGUGAUGGCAAAAAGUCACUUAGCUCCCUCCGAAACCAAAGACCAUGUUCGGUCGACAUUCAGACAGAGGGGGAAUGGGGUCUCAGCUCACCUGCAUUCAAUGUUCCUCUUUCUCCAUCUUCUCCGGGCUCCUUGAGAAACUCUUUCCCCCCGGGGUCUGGCUUCCUCUCGCCCACUCACCGGCCCCUGGCCAGCUUAGUGAAGUCAUUAUCUACAGAACUGGAACUGAAAGAGUCUUCUCUAAAGCCCAAACCACUCCUCAGCCUCGUGAAGUCGAUUUCCACCGAGCUUUCUCGCAGUGAGCCCGAGGUGUCUCAAUCCAGGUCUGAUUCCAAGCUCAAUUUGCACUUGUUGUCGCAAUUCACCCAGCCCAAAAGCCGCAACGGUGACUCCCGCACCGCCCCUCCGUCUCCAGUCAGCUUGUCCCCCACCGAGCCCAAAGCCAGCUUCUUCAAAAUGGAGCUGGAGGACACCCGACGCAAGCUCUCGGAGGCCAUGCAGGAACCUUUGAGCAUGUUCAGUAAGAUCAUGCGUGAAGAUAGUGUUGGAAGCCCCAAGCACCAAAGGAGCACAGGAUCAGUGGACUCUCCAAGCUACAAAGGCUUUGGAAUUGUGAAAACGACCACUGACCUGACUGUAUCUGAAUCUCCUAAAAGUGCUAGGAAAGCAGAAAGUGAGAUUCUACCGGAGUGCAACUGGCCUGUGAGACAUCGCAAACGGUGUGUGCAGAAAUCCUCGCUUUCCCAUGAGCACCAUAGCAGACAGGUAGACACCGGGCCUGUGAUGGAGUCCAGCACUCAUGGCAGUGCAUCCCAGAGCACAGAUAUGAAUAGAACUGAUCAAGAUGGUUUGGCAGAAGAUGUGACAGAACAAUGCUCCUCUCCAGUGCCAGGAGUGGGUCUUGCCUUUGUAGCAUUUCUGUCCUACUGCUACUUUAUCUUUCCUUUGUCAGCGUAUUGGUCUGGCCUGUUCCUUGGUUUAGGGUUUGGAUUAAUGUUGGGGCUUGUGAUGAUCCGAUGGAGCUCCAUGAAACACUUUCCCACCAGUCAACAACAUGGACUACAUGGGACCUCCUAUAAUAAUAUUCUCUUUGAAGCAUUACAGAGCAACGUACCGUCUCUCAAGGGCUGGAUGAAUGAGAUGUACGCAUAUGAUCCAGAGACCUACUAUCCAUCCCUCAUGCACACUGUGUAUGUCACAUUGGAUGGACCCUGUUUGCGGCUUGACUACCCACGUAACAACAUUCCCCGCUGGGCUACUUUUGACGAGCCCUGUUACGAAAAGCAUUUCACCCACUCACGGAUAUUUCGACUCACUGGCAGCAAGGUAUUUCUUCUGCCACUGGCUUUGGCACACAAGAGAGUGUGGAACAGGAAGUAUCCGAUCUGCAUAAGUUUGGCUGAAGGAGAAAGAGCUGUGGAGGAAGACGAGAUGGCAGAAGGUCAGGGGGAGGCUCAGAAAGUAGAGAAACACCCUGGGCCUACGACGAAUGUUUCCCAUCGUGUCACACUAUACCUCUUUGGACGAACAGGGCGGGAGAAAGAGGAAUGGUUCCAUCGACUGUUUUCUGCAUCCAUUCACAAUGAAGAGAACCAUUCUGAAUCUAUAUCUGGUGAUAAAUCUGCAUUGCAUGAGGAGAACCCUUGGGGUCUGUUACAUGGUGAUGAAAGCUCAGUCAAGGACAGCAGUGAAGAUGUGUUCCAUAGUGAUCUGGUUGGCAGAGUAAAAGAGAACAUUUUACCAGACUAUACUUCUUACAUGACCAGUCUCAUCUUCUCAGCACAUGCCAGUCCUCUGCAAAGCCCCUGCCAAAGCAGCACCCAGGGCAGUCCUACUGAUAAAGAGCAGACCUUUUGUUGCCAUGAGGAUGAAACAAAACCUGACUGGCUGAAUGCACUAAUUGGUCGGAUCUUUUGGGACUUCCUCCAUGAGAAGUACUGGGCUGAUAAAGUCCAACAGAAGAUUCAGCGAAAGCUGAGCAAAAUUCGGUUGCCUUACUUCAUGGAUGAAUUAACCCUCACCGAACUGGCCAUGGGCUCCAGCAUGCCCCAGAUAACAGGCACAUCACUACCACAGGUCAACAGCAGAGGCCUUUGGUUACAUUUGGAGGUGGAGUACACAGGAGCGCUACAGAUGACUCUAGAGACCAAAAUCAACCUCUCCAAACUUGGGAAGGAGGGAGUCCCCGAGGCAGAGGCAGAAUUGGAGACCAUUAAUGUGUUUAGCAGGUCCAGGCUCUCUGUGCUGGCUGACAGUGAUGAGGAAUCAUCAAGUGCAGGAUCCUCUGAUGAAGAGGAAGUUUCAUCUGCUGACACUCAAGGAAGUCUGAUUGAAAAGGCUGUACCUGGUGUUGAGGGGGCUGCAGCUGGAGGCAGUACAAGUAGGCGGAUUUUGAGAUUUGUCGACAAGAUUGCCAAGUCGAAGUAUUUCCAGAAGGCCACAGAAAAUGAGUACAUUAAAAAAAAGAUUGAAGAAAUGUCCAACAUCCCUCUGCUGCUUGCAGUGGAAGUUCAAGAGCUCUCUGGAACACUCGCCAUCAACGUUCCUCCUCCCCCCACCGACAGAAUAUGGUACAGUUUCUGCGGACCCCCGAAGCUUGAUCUAAGAGUCAGACCCAAACUGGGAGAGCGAGAAGUGACUUUCUGUCAUGUAACUGAAUGGAUUGAAAAAAAGCUGCAGGAUGAGUUUCAGAAAGUUUUUGUUUUGCCCAACAUGGAUGACAUAUACCUGCCGCUGAUGCACUCUGGGAUGGACAACCCUCUAGCUUUCCCACAAUACCCUGCAAAGCUCUCCCAGCAUUCCUCUAUGGCCUCCACUGACAGGUGUGAUCUGGAACGUUCUGCAGAACUACAGUAGUGCCUCCUUGUGGAACAGACAUGCCAAUACACCAGUAACAGAACUCGCUCAUUUAACUUCAACAAACUUCUAGUAAUGUAGGCUUCAUUCAUUCGGCUUCAUUUAAACAUCACAGCACAAUGCAAAAUGUCAGUAGCUCUCACACAUAUUCUCUCUAAAUAGAUCAGACAUCUCCUUAUACAGUCAUUACAAGGCACAGUGGGUAAAAUUCCUAUCACCCCGGAAAUCCAAAUCAGUUAUUCUUAUCGUACCAGUGGCUUAAUGUGUGAAUAAACCAUUUUAUUACUUUAUUGUGUUUAUGUCCUGAGGACAACUGAUUAUUUGCUGAACUUCCACAAUGGCUUAAAUUAGACAAAUAAGCAUUAGUAAUAAUCAA